CCCUACCCGCCGCGCCCCUCCUCGCCCGGGCAGGGCCCCGGUAUUUAGCGGGUGCCUGCCACCCCAGGAGAGCUGUGCUGAGGACGGCCGGCGGUGCUUUCAGAGGGUGCUGCCAGCAUCGCCUCUGCUGGGAGCUCUUCUGCAGGUUCGCUCGAGGGCUGUGGAGGAUGUGGAACCCCAACCCAGGCACACCCGGAGGAGUGCCACCACCGCAAGUGCAAAUUUGUCCUCCUGCCCCUCCGGGAUACCCUGGCCCCGGCACUCCAGCAGGUCCCUACCCUGGCUACCCUCCAGUGAUUCCUGGCACCCCUGGGACCUGUCCCCAGGGCCCCCAAGGUGGCUAUCCCUGUGGCCCCUCUCCUCCUGGCCCCUACCCGCCAGGGCAGCAACCCCAUGGGCACCCCCAUCCAGGGCAUCAUCCCCAUGGGCACCCCCAUCCAGGGCAUCAUCCCCAUGGGCACCCCCAUCCGGGACCACCGGGAAUGACGGGGUGCCCACCGUGCCCCCCUCACUGCCAUCAGAAGCACCAUAAGAAGCACAAGAAGAAGCACUCCAAGCACCAUGGAGGCAAGCACUCCAGCAGCUCAAGCAGCAGUUCCGACUCUGACUGAAGAGGAUAUCUCCCACCUGCACGGUCAUGAAGCGGCAAAACACGAAGACGAACACCCCACGGGAACCACCUGCACGUUGUUCCACUCCUUUCCCCUUUCUCUUAGAGCAGUGCUUGGCCUGCUGAGUGAUUUUCUCCUUUUUAGCUUGUAAAUUCUUUGACCUGGAAUCACUGUGAGAUGAUGGGCAGCAGCUCCCUCCUCUGUCCUUUGGGAGAGCCCACUGAAAGUCAUCCCCGAGGCUGCAGGUAGCAGUGCGGGGAGUAUCACGUGCUGGUUUGCAGUC